CUACUCUACAUGGGUAUAAGUCGAGCUUGAUUCCGUUUUCGUUCUUUCUUGCAGUCUCUAUUUCUGUCACUUUCUUGAAGGUUGCGUCUUUGCUUUGAUGAACGGACCCAAGAUGGCGACAACACCUCCGCCUCAAGCGGUGCGAAAACCGCACAUCAGCCAGCAGCCCGUCACGCUGAGGAACUGGUACAAGCACAUCAACUGGAUCUCCACCACCCUCGUCCUCAUCAUCCCAGCCUACGGCCUCUACGCCGUCCGCUCCACGCCCCUGCACCGCGCAACCGCCAUCUGGGCCCUCCUCUGGUACUUCCUCACCGGCUUCGGCAUCACGGGCGGCUACCACCGCCUGUGGUCGCACCGCUGCUACUCCGGGCGUCUCCCGCUGCGCCUCUUCCUCGCCUUCACGGGUGCCGGCGCCGUCCAAGGCUCCAUCCGCUUCUGGAGCAGCAAGCACCGCGCGCACCACCGCUGGACCGACACGCCCAAGGACCCCUACGACGCCCUGCGCGGCUUCUUCUUCUCGCACCUCGGCUGGAUGCUGUUCCAGCAGGACCCGCGGCAGAUCGGCCGCACGGACAUUUCGGACCUCGACGCCGACGCCGUCGUCGUGUGGCAGCACAGGCACUACGGCAAGGUGCUGCUCGCUAGCGCCUGGCUGUUUCCCAUGUGCGUCGCCGGCUUGGGCUGGGGCGAUUGGCGCGGCGGCCUGGUGUACGCGGGGAUCCUGCGCGCGUGCUUUGUGCAGCAGGCGACGUUCUGCGUGAAUAGUCUCGCGCACUGGCUGGGCGAGCAGCCGUUUGAUGAUCGGAGGACGCCGCGGGAUCAUUUUUUGACGGCGGUGGUUACGCUGGGGGAGGGGUAUCAUAAUUUUCAUCAUGAGUUUCCGAGCGAUUACCGAAAUGCGCUCGCAUGGUACCAAUACGACCCCACGAAAUGGGUCAUCUACCUGCUCAGCAAAACCCGCCUCGCCUACAACCUCAAGCGCUUCCGCCACAACGAGAUCGAAAAGGGGCGCGUGCAGCAGCAGCAAAAAGCGCUCGACACCCGCCGCUCCAAGCUGGACUGGGGCGUCCCGCUGUCGCAGCUCCCGGUGCUCUCAUGGGACGAAUUCCAGGCGAAAUGCGCAGGCGGCGAGAAGGCGGCGCUCGUCGCCAUCGCCGGCGUCAUCCACGACGUUACGGACUUCGUUGCUGAACACCCCGGCGGUAGGGCGAUGAUCCGCAGUGUUAUUGGGAAGGACGCUACGGCGCUGUUUAAUGGCGGCGUGUAUGAGCAUAGUAAUGCGGCGCAUAACUUGCUGUCGACAAUGCGGGUUGGCGUGCUGAGGGGCGGGCAGGAGGUCGAGGUGUGGAAGCAGGAGGCUGGGAGGCCGGUGAAGGAUGCGAAGGGGGAUGUGAUUGUAAGGGCUGGCGAGCAGCUUACGCGGGUUGCGCCGUUGUUGGGUACUGCGAGGGCGGCGUGAUGGAUGCUUGGGUGCUGGGCGCGUCUCGUGGAAUCCUCGCGGGUAUAUACUGGGAGAGUAGAGAUGGAUUAAUUCUUCUGGGCUGGACUUAUCUGGAACCUUGAUCCCCAACUGAAGUCCUCCUGGC